GGUGAAAAAGUAAACUAUGAAAAAUUCAGAUCCUGGCUGUUGCACAACAAAGAAGCUUUCACAUUCUCCCGCUGGCUGCUCUCCGGAGGAGUGUAUGUCACACUCACAGAUGACAGCGACACUCCCACAUUCUAUCAAACUCUUGCUGGAGUCACACACUUGGAAGAAUCGGAUAUCAUCGACCUCGAGAAACGCUAUUGGCUCCUGAAAGCUCAAUCGAGAACGGGCCGCUUUGAUCUGGAAACGUUUGGCCUCCUGGUUUCCCCUCCGAUCCAUCCAUCCCUGAGCGAAGGCCUGUUUAACGCCUUUGAUGAAAACCGCGACAAUCACAUCGACUUCAAGGAAAUCUCGUGCGGACUCUCGGCGUGCUGCAGGGGGCCACUGGCGGAACGGCAGAAGUUUUGCUUCAAGGUUUUCGACGUUGAUCGAGACGGAGUUUUGUCUAAGGUUGAAAUUGAAGAAAUGGUUGUGGCCCUUCUAGAAGUUUGGAAAGAUAAUCGUAUUGAUAACAUUCCAGAGCUGCACAUGAAUUUGCCUGAUAUUGUAGAAGAUAUUCUAAAGUCACACGACACUACCAAG